AAAAAAAAAAAGGAAACUGCUGUGAGUAUUAAUUCAACUUUUCUCUCUUUCUCUUUUUUUUUUUUCUCACCAAAACAGCAAAAUCAGACGAGGAGACAAAUUUACAGACACAAAGUUCCUGAGCUCACCAGUGUUUAAAAACAAGAAGAAGAAACACAAGAAUGCAUCUAAAGAGAUGUCGGGCACAUUUACUGUGGACAAAUAAUAAUUUUCUCUGAUUUAUUCAUAUGUGAUAUUAAUCUUCAAACCCUGCAUCAUCACAUGACAAAUGGUAACGGUAAACCCGAUCUGUGUUAAUCUGCGAGUCCACUGCUGAUGGUGGCUCUGGGAGAGCGGUGGCAGGUUGGUCAUAAAUGAUUCAGUGCAGACAGCACGCUGUAAAAAGGUUCAUGUUCCUCAGAAAGGUCAGUUGGCACAGCCAGCCGCUGAAAGACUGCACACUUGGCUGGGAUUUAAGAAGCGUUGUGUAAAGUUUUCAUCUACAAGACUGUGUGUCCGCUGAUGAAAAAAUGGGCUCAAAGAAGCUGAAGAGAGAUGUUGAAGCUCUAAUUGGUGAUUACAUCGGUCAGAAACUCCGAGAAAAUGCGUUCGAUCCAAAGGGAAAGGGAACGUCGACGGUGCUGGACGAUUUGGCUCAUUAUGAUCUUGCCAUCAGCGUUGCCCUGUGGUGGUUGGACAGAGAAGAGGGACGCCAUGUUCUGGACAACCACAUCGUCAGACCAUCUCGCAGUUUAGGAGGAUCCCGUUAUCCAGAUCGAUUAGAGCGCGAGGCCAUGAUCCUGUCGGCCUUCGCUGGAAUUAUUAUGGACAGUCUUCCAGUGGAGGAGAUUUUGACUCUGUACCAGUGCAAACCCGCAGCUUCAUUUCCCAACUACCAGACCAAGGCCUCCAUCGUGUAUCCCUUCACCCUCUCCUACCAUCCGUUUGCAAUGCUCGGAUCAUACAAGGCUGUGGAACACUCCAAACAACACAGUCAGAAGUUGAGAAGAUGGUUGUCAGAGCGGGCGAAGUCCAGCGCUCCCCCACAUUUUAUUCCACGACAACCUUCAUCACUCCCCUCGUCCUCGUCUCAAUCUUUCCUCAGUGACAGCAGUAACGAACAGGAGGAAGGAGCUCAGAACUAUGAAGGAUCGAAGGAGUCUCUACAGGACUGACGUCGACCUCCGCCAUUUCAGAUAAAUUAUUUCAUCUUUUUUUUUUCAAUAAACAGCUCAUUUACUUUCUUUUCUUCUGUUUCAGUUUUUUUUUUUUUUUUCUCUUUCAAAUUUCUCCCCCAUU